AUGAUGCGAGUCGGCUCGUGGCUGUACGGCAAGAAGCCGGCCACUGCCUCCACGCAGUCGCUGGACUCGCUAGCCGAAUUGCAGGAUCCAUCCGAGCGACUGGGCGAGGCGGAAACAUCCGCCGCCAGCGACCAGCACCGCGCACAGCAUAAUUCCCACGCUCCCAAUUCAUUCCGAUCGGAGAUCUACAACCCCGGUGCCGAGUAUGCACUAUGCCAGGCCAUUGCGCAGUUGAUGAUGGCCGUGGUUGGCGUGAUGAACGAAAGUCUGACGGAGAGUAUCAAGGCUUUCUAUCGGUUGCGCAAGGCCUACAUUGCCCUGGACGCUAUUCUGAAGACGGAAGAGAAAUUUAAGGAGCUGCGAGAACCAAGCCAGCUGGUGCUUGCAAGUGCGACAGACCCCAAAUCCGACAGCUCGAGCCAGACAUCGGCAAAGAAGGGCGCCGCAACGACGGUGCAGACUGCCUCUUCGGAUCUGCCGCAAAGGAUGUCUGAGUUGGAGGUUUCCCAGGAGCAUUCGGAUGUUUCGACGCAUGAAUGCUCGCUGGGUCCGGCCCAUCUCACCCACGACCCGGACUCCGACAUUUUCAAGAACGAAAUCGAUGUCUUUGUGCAUUCGGGUGCCAACUUUUGCUUUGGUAUUCUGCUUCUACUGAUCUCCAUGGUACCCCCGGUGUUUAGCAGGCUCCUUUCCAUAAUUGGAUUCCAUGGUGACAAGCAACGGGGCUUGAGGAUGCUCUGGCAAGCGAGCAAGUUCCACAAUCUGAUUGGGGCAAUCGCCGCUCUGGCAUUAUUGGCCUACUAUAACGGAUUUGUUCGUUACUGCGACAUCAUGCCCGAUCCAACCCCCGGCGAAGACGACGUGGAGGGCUAUCCGCAAGAACGGCUAGCAGCCCUGCUGGCGGAGAUGCGGGCCCGAUUCCCGAAUAGUCAGCUGUGGUUUUUGGAAGAAUCCCGAAUGAAGGGAGCCAACAAGGACUUGAAUGGAGCGUUGGAGCUCCUCUGCUCUGACAAGAAGAGUCCGCUGAAGCAGGUCGAGGGACUGCGCGUGUUUGAAAAGAGCUUGAACGCCCUGUUUCUACACAAGUUCGAGCUUUGCUCGGAGGCUUUUCUGGAGGUGAGUAUUGCUUGCUCCCGUUGCUCAAAUGACAAACAAGCAGCUGACUCUCCCUCCCAGUGUGUGGAACUCAAUUCCUGGUCUCGCGCCUUGUACUACUACAUUGCCGGAUCCUGCCAUGUCGUCCUCUACCGCGAAUCCAAGUCCGACCCUAAGGUCGCAGAGGAACACGCCCAAAAGGCCACCGAGUACCUCCGCAAGGCCCCGCCACUGGCAGGCAAGAAACGGUUCAUGGCUCGCCAGCUUCCAUUCGACGUCUUCGUGGCUCGCAAAAUCGCUAAAUGGGAGGCCCGGGCCAAGGGAUGGAAGGUUCCCCUGGUUGACGCGAUUGGCGUAGAUCCCGUCGAAGAGAUGAUUUUCUUCUGGAACGGGCACAGCCGCAUGACGCGAGACCAGCUGGAGGAGUCCCUGACCCGCCUGGCGUGGUGCGACAGCGAAGCAAACGAGACCUGGUCUCGCGAGGGACCCGAGGAACAGGCGAUUCUUGACCUGCUGCGCGCUGCCGUGCACAGAUCCCUACGCAACCACGUUGAAGCCAAGAAUAUCAUCCAGACCCGCGUUCUGAACCACGACAAGUCCCUCUUCAAGGGCCAUUUGAAGGAUGACUGGGUUCAUCCCGUCGCGUACUUCGAGAUGGCUGCCAAUCUGUGGAUGGAGCGUCCGUCGUACCUGGCUCUUCAUGAGCCGUCUGCAGCCGUAACCUUGACAGAGACAGCUGGUCGACCCUCUUCGGGUGAUAGCAAAGCUGGUGACGGCAAUUCCGAGGUCGAGAAGAAGAUGGUGCGCGAGUGUAAGGAGUUCCUCGACCACGCUGCCCGAUGGGAAGGCUAUGAACUGGAUGCGCGUAUCGGACUGAAGGUGACGGCAGCAAACGAGGCGGUCCGCAAGUGGGAAAGCAUGCAUUCGGCUUGA